UGUAAGCUGCAGCCUUUUGAUAAUACCAGACCAGACUUGAAGUGCUCGUUGAUUUUUAAGGGAACCGAACUGUUCAAAAGCAGUACUAAUGUGUCCAUGAAUUUGAGCUGCUUCCCUUCAAAACAAAGUGAAAUUAUUUUUUAYCAGCCAGCAUGUCACAUAAAGGUGAACCCUCCUCCAAAGCCUGAAGUCAACUUUACCAUGGUUUCCUGGUUCUCCCAAGUUCCAAAGCCUACAUACAUUGAAUAUUACCGAUACAAUACAGAGCUACAGUGGAAACGAAAGGGACACGGAUGGAGCRAUCUCCAGACCAAAGAGAGUUCAUGUCAUUGGGAAUGUACGGCGCAGCUGGAUGAAGACUUGCUUCUAGAAGGCAAGACAUAUGACGCCCGCGUUCGUGUGUUGGCCAAUUAUCGCUUUGGCUUGAAUGGGGCGAGCUGGAGUGAUUGGAGCCCCACUGUGUCUUGGGUGCCCAGACCAAGAUCAGGAGAGGAUGUGGUUGAUCUGAACUGGGUUAUUUUGAGCCUAGCAGUGUUUGGUUUGUUGCUGUUGCCUGGCGUGUUCAUCGCAAUGCGCAAGAAAGCCUGUUCCAGGAUCUACAUACUGAAGAAGAUUACAGGCCCACCUCUGCCUGAUCCUACAAAGUCAACACAAUUCCAGACCUGGUUGGAUCCGUAUUUCACCAGUGAAUUCUAUCAGUCCUUCUUAAAAUYAGCAGAUAUCGUCUGUGUUGAAGAAACGUCCGCCGUGGACGACAUCACACUCUGCACGCCGGACAUAAAAAUGAUGCCAGAGUUCAACGAACACGAGUCCAGUUGUUCCAGCUUCUCCAACCACAGUUACUCUGGGUGUUGUAGUCCUCCUGUGUUCCCUCUCACCGCUGGGAGUCCGAAGCCCCGUGCCAUCGAAGCCUCCUACAAGAACGUUCCUGGUCCCGAAGCUGAGGAAAGUAAAAACCGGGACAGUGAUGUUGCGAGAAGAGAAGCGGAAAUGGUUAUGGCACUUCUGAUGGAUGGAAUUAACCAUGAGGCAGUGGUGAUUUCUGACUACAAAAGUGUUCAGAAACUCCAGACCGAACUCCACAGUUUCCAUAGUGUGGACUCAGGCAUGACCAGUUAUGAAGAAGUCAGUCAGGAAAGCAUGGAGGCAGACAGCAUCAAUAUGGUUGAGGGGACACCAUGGGCGCAAGAAAACCAGGAAAUAAAUAAUGAAGGGAACGAGACAAAAUCAGUUAUUCAGAAGUUGUUUGAAGGCAGUGAGAGCAUCUUGGGCAAAAUCACCGUUGUUUCAGAUUACAAACAAAUUCCGACAAUCCGGGUCGAGAAUGCAGAGCUCCUCCGGCUCCACAGCGCAGAUUCGGGCAUGGAMAGUUAUGAGGAAGUCAGUCAGGAGAGCAUGGAGGAAGACAGCAUUUAUAUGAUGGAAGGACAUGAUGAUGGGUCACUGAGCAAGGAGMGGAAGGAGAGUGAAAUUCAGAAAUUGUUUGGAGGCAUUUUCUGUCAAAAUCCUCCUCAGGGUUUUUCAGAUUACAAACAAGUCCCAACAUUCCAGGCUGAAAGCCUUGAGCUUUCCUGGGCUUCCUGCCUGGAUUCAGGCAUUAACAAGGUAGACUAGGAGAGUCUGGAGGACAUCAUGGAGGAGGAUGAUAAGACCGCCAAAGGUACUCACUUCUUAUUUCCAUCUUUUCUUCCCCCUGCUUUGGCAAACCCCUUGAUAUUUUUGUCACAACAGUCCUUGUAUAUAUCUCAAUCAAAUCUGGGUUCUGUUUUGCCACCACUGCAAAUGUCAGGUAGYGUUGUACACCAGUCCCGUGAUAAAGAUUACAUACCAGUAAGGCAGGGAUGGAGCAAAGAAUGGGAGGCUUARGUGUCUGUCCCAUGCAAGGCAAACAACAAGCCAUAAUGCCCAGCAAAAUAUGACAAUAUAAAACAUAUGCAGUUAGUCACUGGUAUUWUUAUUGUUGUGAGGAUUUUAUCCAUUUUCCCAUUGUGGAAACUGUGGAAGUUGUGAUACUUCAGAGUGUUUUCUGAUAAUCCAGUAGACUCGGUUUGAUUGGGGACCAAAGUUACAUUUGUUGCAUUUUCAGCAGGUAUGAUUCACUUUGAUGCUGUACUGUGUCAAACGAACCAAGCCAUUUGAAAAACCUCUUGCCCCUCCCCAUCACCUAUGGUGGCGCUGCAACAAGGACCACUGAAGGAAACUACACAGAAACCUCUGAAGAAGACGUAAGCACAACUUCCGAAACGUACAGAAAAAUGGAAGGUGCCAGAUUUCAGCGGCUGUAGGAUUUCUCUUUUGUUCUUGGCGAAAGACCAUGAGCCAUUUCUGCCACUAGCGCUGGACUCACAGGUUUGGUUUUGUUGUAUUUACUAGAGGUGUGCCGAUCGAUCGGCCACCAAUCAUAAUCGGCCGAUUUCCGUGAAAAAGUGUAUGAUCRGUGAUCGCCRAUCACRGUCUCUUGUUGCCGAUCACACAAACCGAUCACCUGCAUCUCAUUUCGCAGCCGGCCUGUGCAGCUGGUCUCCUC